UCUCUCUCCUUGACAUGUGCUCAGUUGCCGGCUUAAAACCUACUGUACUUCCUGUCAUUGUGAUAGUGUGCGCUUCUUCCACCUGUCACCUAGACCUUGUAUCACGGAUUUAAAAGAGCAAAAAAUUAGUUACCAUUUUAAGGACAAGCAGCUGACCACCAGGGGAGAGAAGAGUUUCAGCAGCAGCAAUGACUAUGAAUGGUUCUUCAGAACUGGUGCACUACCGGAACCUAUUCCUGAUGAUCUUUGUGUUGGGCAUUGGAGGUACAUUUCAGUACGGCUACCACAUGUCAGUGAUGAAUUCUCCUUCUCCGUUUAUCAAACAGUUCAUCAAUGACACAUGGAUAAGAAGACACGGGACCAGCAUCAGUGAUGGAUCGCUUACUCUGAUCUGGUCUUUGGUGAUUUCUUCCUUCAGCAUCGGAGGGCUAAUAGGAUCCACUGCAUCCGGCUACCUCACUGGAAGGUUUGGGAAGAAGAAGUGCCAGCUAUGCAACGCGGUGCUACCUGUGAUCAGUACUGUGAUCAUGGCUCUCAGCCACACUGCUGGUUAUUUUGAAAUGGUUGUCGCUGCGCGUUUCCUUGCUGGAUUUUACGCAGGUUUGGGGAUUAAUAUUCAUGCACAAUAUGCUGGAGAAACUGCGCCUCGAAAAUUUCGUGGUUUCAUCAAUGCAACUGGACCCUUGUUUGUAACUCUGGGCAAACUUUGUGGACAAAUUGUAGGACUCAGAGAGUUAUUUGGGACAGAAGUCUUGUGGUCUUAUGUUCUGCUCUGCAGUGGCAUUAUAUCCCUUGUUCAGCUGGUUACUCUGCCCUUCUUUCCAGAAUCCCCAACUUAUUUACUAUUAGUAAAAGGUGACAGGGAAGGUUGCAAGCAAGCACUGAAACAGUUGUGGGGAGAUAGAGAUCACCAGCAAGUUAUCGAUGAAAUGUUGAAAGAGCAAAAUAGCCAAAGCAAAGGAAAACGCAUGGGUGUCUUGGAACUAUUAAGGGAUCACUCUCAUCGCUAUCAGCUUCUUACUAUGAUUGGAUUGAUCUUCAGCCUUCAACUUAGUGGUGCUAAUGCAAUUUACUUCUACGCAUAUGAUGUGUUUCAUGAGGCUGGUUUCCCUGAAGAUCAGAUAGCCUAUGUUUCACUGGGAGUUGGGACUUUUGAAUUUGUUUCUGCUAUGAUCUGUAGUCUCCUGAUUGACCGCUUUGGAAGAAGAAUUCUACUGUUAGGAGGCUACAGCCUUAUGGCUUUGACCCUAGGACUUCUAACUGUGACACUGGCAAUGCAGAAUUCAUACUACUGGAUGCCAUAUUGCAGUGUUGGCCUCACAUUUACCUUUGUUUUUCUGUAUGGAGCAGGGCCAGCUGGUGCUGCUAUAUCUACGUGUGUUGAAAUCUUUGCACAGGCCCCUCGUGUUCCUGCCUUUGUCAUCUCAGGAGUUUUCAGCUGGGUAGGACUCUACAUCCUGGGUAUGAUUUUCCCAUAUAUUGUGGAGACAUUACAACAUUUCUGCUUCCUUCUCUUCCUACUAGUUAUCAUUGUCUCCGGAACCGUUAUAUACUUUUUUGUCCCUGAGACUAAGGGGAAAAGCAUAGCAGAAAUCUCUCAGGAAUUCAAUAAGCUGAACUUUCGGAAGAAACACAUGGAAGCAAAAACUUCAGCCUCUGAUGGUGUACUGUGCAGCAGACUAUAGGCACCGAGACACUAGGAAAAACAUGUCCUAGGUAUCAUACAAAAUGCCAAUACAGGGAUACGAGAGUGACUAGAUAGAAUAUGAAGCAGGGAUCGAGGAUACAAGUGAAGGAAGGUGAAAACUGAGGACAGACUUUAGAGAGUAAGGGAUGACCUCAGGUGAACAGCAUCGAUGGUGAUCCAAUUCAUCUUGUAAGUUCAAGUUUAGAAAGAUUUAUAAGGUGGUAAUAUAUCUACAUACUAUAUUGUACAGCAACAUAUCUAAUAGCACUAUAUACGUUGUUGUUGUUGUCAGAUGAAGGCUACAGUAAAUGAACUACACCACGUCAUAAUUUUCAAGCAGAUAAUUAAUGUACAGUAUUAUGUGGUAAAGUAUAUAUCAUUUAUUACUGAAUGUAAUAAUUCAAAGUAGCAUGUAGUAGAACGCUACUUCUCAGCAGGAGCAUAGAUAUAGGGAAUGCAGAUGUAGCAGUUGCACUCAGGUCCUAAUGCUUGACGGGGAGAAAGGUCCCUCUACAUGUAAGAAAAUUUGUAUUACAAAUGGCCCAUGGUUAGUGAUAAACCCUGUUACAAAUUGGGUAUGUGCAAAGAUUUUAACUCUCCUCAUCAAUACAUUUAGUUGCUAUAAGCCUAAAUUUGGCAGUUGAAGAAUCACACAGAAAUAUAAGGGGGAAUUUAUCAUAGGCCAGUGUUCUAUGUUUGUAUAUCCUCUGUGCUACCAUAUGACGUACCAAAUUUAUGAAGAGGCACAAAAUUUCCAAACCUUUUUUUACCUUGUCAGAUUAUCAGGAACAAGUUUUUAUCCAAUUCCACAACCAGUGGCCUGGUGUGGAACUGUUAGUAGCCAAGUUUUUUUUGUAAUCCUGCAGUAGUUUUUUUCACUGUAGUCAUAGUGUAGCUUUUUUAUGUUCUACUACAGGUACAGUAUAAGUGAUUGUACUCUAAUCUUGGGGUACACAUCAUUUACUACAAGGGUUAGUAUGUUUAAAAACGCUAGCACUUUUAGCAAAUGAUGGACUACUCAAAGUGCUGGACUGGAUUCCAGAACAAUGUUUCCUGUACUUAUAAGACUGCAGAAAAAUGUACCAGGUAAUUGGAGAUAUAAUGUUUACUGUAAAUGUAUUAAGAAAAGUAAAAGUAAAAAUAAAUAAAUAUAUAUAUAUAUAUACAUA